CGACAUGAAGCCCCCGGUCGGUGCCGACUUGGGGGUAAAUAUAGGAAAACAGACCCACAAGCAUGAUUACUCGACUUCAUCGAUCUUUCACGACUUGACAGAACAGUUGCGACUCAGUAUCAAUUGUUUAUCUACUUGACAUCAUAUGCCGCUAUGGUGAACCGAUGCCCUAGUGACGCCGCUAAACUCGCGACUCCUGUUGCACCUGUCGUGAAACGGAAGCGACGAGCGUCGUGCUUGGGAGAUCAAGAGCGACGAGAGCGCAAACGUGCGAUAGACCGAGAAGCCCAGCGGUCGCUCAGAGAGAAGACUAAAACACACAUCGCCGAACUAGAACGGACAAUACAGAUCUUGAGAGACCAAGAUCGAAAUGAAGCAACAGCAAAUCUACUGUCUGAGAUUGACAACUUACGAGUGGAGAACGAGCGGUUACGAGACAUAAUCGACAGUGUCAAGAACGUGCUCGGCAACGACAUUGCACCACGAACAAACACAGCAACAGAGCCUCCAACAACGAAUGGAGGAGGCGCAAUAGCUUCGCCGGCUCCUUCAAGCAAUGGGCACCGAUCGCCUAAACCGCGCACGGUAUCCUUCGUCAGCGACAGCAAACCACCACCGCUUACUCCAACUGAUCUGCCGACUUCAUACGAAUUCAGCAAGCGCAGAGGGAGUACGAGGCUAGUUGAUCUGGAUGGCAUGAACAUCAUUGCCGAUGUACAUACUUCACACACCCUCAAUCUGGACCUUGAGCUCGAGCCAGUCGAGGAGAUACCCACGGAGACCAUCGCACAGGUUCGUAGAAGCCAAGUAGACGUACAAGACUGGGAGAACAAUCCAGCGACCGCCUCAUGGGGACCCUUGAUGCAAGAAUUCUUCGGUGAUAGCUGGCGGUGUCCCUCCCCAACGAUCCUCCACAUCGGUGCACCAGACUCUUCCAACUCCCCAACAACCAUCACCGUGUGUCCGAUCUGGAAAAAAUCGAACGAGCUCUUCGAGAAAAUAUACAGCAACUGCUCAUCAACAGGUACACAGUCCCUCACUCUGUAUAGAAAGAAGUUGUCGGCACCGACAGAGGCUGGACUGCUGUAUCUUGGCAUUAAAGAAGGCUGGGCCAACAUAUCUGAUGAAUGGAUGCAGAGCCCUGCGCUCGUCAUCCUCAAGCAAGUCGACGAGUUUCUGUUCUGCCAUCUGCCUCAGAUGGAGCGCCUAGCUACAGCAUAUAAGAGCUUCAAACUUCUCAAGUACUACCUCAACAGCAGCGCAGAACAGCUCUCGAAGGUGCCCAAAUGGCUACGCCCCAGCAUAACGCAGUCAUCCACCACACACCCCAUCGCCGUCGAUUUCUUCGCCUGGCCGACUCUGCGCGACCGUUUGUUAUCCCAACACAGCUCUAUAUUCCAGACCUCGGCUCUAUCCCAUGUCUACAGCCACUAUCUGCGCUUUGACUGGCCCUUUGCCUUUGAGGAUGCGUUCUUCCAUGAUGAAGCAACAGGGCACUGGUACCCGAGUCCUCUAUUCGAGAGAUAUCACGGAGAUCUGAGGCAUUGGAGUGUGAGAGAGGAGUUUUAUGAGAAGUUUCCCGAGAUGAGAACCGACAUCGAGGGGGAUCAGAGGAGGUUCGGUGAGAGCUUGGGAGCGUGAGAUGGAAAUGCGAAGAAUCGAUCGUGCGUAUGGCUCCCAUAUUAGCGUUUCAUAGUGAAGAUCUCAGUGAGGGACGCAUCAACUGUUAAUUUAUGUGCCAUGUGGCAUUCUGAUUAGUGCGUUGUGAGUGAGGCUGACGUGGACGUGCAGACAAUGAUCCCGGCAUACCUGGGGUCUGCAGUAUCGCGUUCCACGAGGAUCCGAUUCCCCAAAAGAAUAUGUCGAUUUGUUUUUCAUCGGGAGGCAAGAUCGUUGGACUGUGCUUAGGGUGUCAUGCAGAGCUCGAACUGUAGUGGAGACCACAAAUACAGUGCCAUCACGUAUGUAGCUAGCUAAGCUGCGCCCUUACUCUAGCCCCCGCCGCUGUGGAGAAUUCGCGGGGACCUACAUCGACGCAAUUGAUCCCUUCAUCGGCAACUAUGAAU